AUGUUUCUCGGACCGAAAAAUAAUAUUUGGUUCCUGCUCCAGCCUUUACUCUUGGCUCAUUUUGCUAAAUCUGGUGCAGCAGCGUUUGCGCAUUGUCGACCGGAUGAGAAAUGCGUCAGAUUGGACACUUGUUACCCACUUAUGAAGUUCCUAAGGCCCCGGGGAAUGACAACUGCUGAGAGAGAAAUAUUUCAUAACCGACAGUGCGGCAUAGACAACAGAAGACUCGAAUUACUGCACAAAGUUUUGAUCUGCUGCCCGAAGAGUGGUGAUGUCCUGCCAAAUAAUCAGAUAUGUGGCCAAACCCCGCCCGCUUUUCAUACAACAGCUGGAGAAGAGGCGCCUCUGAACGGGUUUCCCUGGAUGGCCAUGCUAUUAUACGCGAAUUCUUUUAGUUCGACGCAGGAUACUGUACCCAGGUGCGCGGGAUCACUGAUCACCAAUCGCUACGUGCUCACCGCGGCCCAAUGUGUGAACAUAAAUGGCUUGGAGCUAAGAAGUGUGCGACUCGGAGAGCAUGACACCUCCUCAAACCCAGACUGCCUCACUUUAAUCAGUGGAACGAAGAUAUUCGCUCCCCCGCAUCUGGAAAUCAACGUGGAGCUGGCCAUCAAGCAUGAGCACUACGUGGCCAUAGAAGGGAAGCACUACAACGACAUUGCCCUGUUGCGACUCCAAUUUCCGGUUCGGUAUACGGAGCAAAUCCUACCCAUUUGUAUUUUACCUAGCGAUAAUUUAUCGAAUCCUUCCUUUGACAACUACAGUUUGCAAAUAGCGGGCUGGGGGUCCUCGCAAAUGCAGAGUUCCAGCAAUGUAUUAUUGUAUGCCAACAUCCAGGGCAGGAACCCGGAUGAGUGCUCAAGAAGCUAUUCGUUCUUAGGGAUAAACAAGGAGACCCAAGUAUGCGCAGGUGGCCAGAACAGAAAGGACACCUGUAAAGGAGACUCUGGCAGUCCGUUGAUGGCCACAAUGGGAUGGGGCGUGGACGAAUUCGUUUAUUUAGCCGGGAUUACCUCCUAUGGAUUUAACCAGUGCGGAGAUUGGCCAGCAGCUUACACGAAAACUUCAUGUUAUGUCAAUUGGAUACAGAGGAGUAUGUCGAGAUAUGAGGAAAACUAG